AGAGCCGGGGAGCGAAGCAACCGGGACAGACCGGUGGGAGAGCAGCGCUGAACGCCUGGUCCGAAGACCUGAGCGUUUUGAGCCUUUCUGAGCCGUCCGUAGGACACGGAAAGCCGCCUGAGCGCGUGACGAUUAAAUCUGCUGCGCCAGCCUGAGCCUUCCUAGUUGUCAUUGGACCCUGGGAUGUAAACAGGUCUGGCCAGUGCACCUCUUCUCUGGGUGCUUCGUUCGCCAGAAAAGGCGACUUUCUUCUUGGAGUUCGGAUUGGAUCACUCUCAUGUGCUGAUUACCGCACUGGGACUGUUUCCGGCAAAGGAAUUUCCUGCAGUUCACAAGCGUCCCCUGGCUGAAGAAGAAGAAGAAGAAGAAGAAGAUGGCUUCCAUGCUGCUCAGUCGACAGCUGACCUGCGCAGUUCAGCAAAAUUGCCGGCUGUUUGUAUCUGGAUGCAGAUCUAUCAGUCAAGCUGCAGCCAAAAUUGAUGUCGACUUUGAUUAUGAUGGACCUCUGAUGAAGACUGAAGUCCCCGGACCUAGAUCUAGAGAAUUAAUGAAGCAGUUGAACGGAAUUCAGAAUGCAGAAUCAGUUCAUUUCUUCUGCAACUACAACGAGAGCCGAGGAAACUACCUAGUGGAUGUGGAUGGCAACCGAAUGUUAGAUCUUUAUUCUCAGAUUUCCUCUCUUCCCAUAGGUUACAGCCACCCGGCUUUGGUAAAACUUGUCCAGCAGCCCCAAAAUGUGGGCACAUUCAUCAACAGACCUGCCCUUGGAGUAUUUCCUCCAGAAAAUUUUCCCGAAAAGCUAAAGGAGUCCUUACUUUCGGUGGCCCCAAAAGGCCUCUCCCAGAUUGUCACCAUGUCCUGUGGCUCCUGCUCUAAUGAAAAUGCCUUCAAAACCAUAUUCAUGUGGUACAGGAACAAGGAGAGGGGUCACGCUGGUGCCACAAAGGAGGAGCUAGAAACGUGUAUGAUUAACCAGUAUCCAGGUUGCCCAGACUACAGUAUCCUCUCUUUCAUGGGUGCAUUUCAUGGGAGAACAAUGGGUUGCCUAGCUACCACUCACUCCAAAGCCAUUCACAAGCUAGACAUCCCUUCCUUUGACUGGCCCAUUGCUCCAUUUCCCCGGCUAAAGUAUCCUCUGGAAGAAUUUGUGAAAGAGAAUCAACAAGAAGAGGCCCGCUGUUUGGAAGAGGUGGAAGACUUGAUUGUGAAAUAUCGGAAAAAGAAGAAGACAGUGGCAGGAAUUGUUGUGGAGCCCAUCCAGUCAGAGGGGGGGGACAACCAUGCAUCUGAUGACUUCUUUAGGAAGCUGAGAGACAUUGCUAGGAAGCAUGGCUGUGCCUUUCUAGUGGAUGAAGUACAGACUGGAGGGGGCUGUACUGGCAAAUUCUGGGCCCAUGAGCACUGGGGAUUAGAUGAUCCAGCUGAUGUAAUGACCUUCAGCAAGAAGAUGAUGACAGGAGGAUUUUUUCACAAGGAGGAGUUCAGGCCCAAUGCUCCUUUCCGGAUUUUCAAUACAUGGCUUGGAGACCCUUCCAAGAAUCUGCUGAUUGCUGAAGUCAUCAAUGUCAUUAAGAGAGAGGACCUCCUCAGUAAUGUUACCCAUGCAGGAAAGGCACUGUUGACAGGACUGAUGGAUUUACAGGCCCGAUACCCACAUCUCAUCAGCAGAGCAAGAGGUCGAGGAACAUUCUGCUCUUUUGAUGCUCCAGAUGAAACAACAAGGAACAAGCUCAUUUUAACAGCCAGAAACAAAGGUGUAGUCCUGGGAGGCUGUGGUGAUAGGUCCAUCCGUUUCCGCCCAACAUUGGUCUUCAGGGAUCACCACGCACACCUCUUCCUCAACAUUUUUAGUGACAUCUUAGCAGACUUCAAGUAAAGGAUUAUUUUUCCAUUGCA